AUGGAUCAGGUCCGCCACACAAUCUGCACGUCGCACUGUACAACUCCCUUGCUAGUUGAAUAUCUCGGCUAUCCCUGUAAACCGGACUGAAUGGCGCAGAGCGCUUCUAAAUUUCAAAAAUCCGAUUAUCGUGUAGCAAACUAGAAAACUUAUCACUCCAAAAAAGACCACAACAACAAAGAGAGCGCAGACAACUAAAAAUAGGCCCGUUAAAGGAGAGCUUUUUGCAGCGGGGAUGGGCGUGGUCGCUGAUGCACAGAUGUUUACGCACCGUAUGUUCGGCCCCAAUUAAUAAGAGUGUAGCCUUAUCAGUGUUCAUGAAAAUUUUUAAUCGGGACACAAACAAAUUCGGCCGACUAUUUAAGUCGCUCCCGCCCGAUUUUUUAUGCACUUCUGCGAAUUGUAGCCUCUUGACCGGGUUCUCUGGUCGAUUUGCGUGCGAAAUUUGAAUAUUCGAAUUGAUUUUGGGAGAAACUUGAAACUUGAAAAAUUUGAGAUCUCGAAAAAAAUCGUCGACAAAAUGUAUCGAGGUAAAUUUUUUUUAAUUUUGAAUUGGCAUUCUGUUUCAAUUUUCAAAAAAUUGCUUUUUCCGAGAGAAAUUCAAAAAGUAAAUGUCAAAAAGUUUUUUUCUGGCCACUCUGCAUUUAUUUUUAGUGGUUAAAAUUUGAUUACAAUAAUUUUUUACACAAUAUUUUUUACAACUUUUUUUUUACUUUCAGAUAUUUUUGAAUUAACAAAAAAAAAUUUUUUCUUUUUGAAAUCUAAUUGUAAUUAAUUAUCUUGUUAUUUUUUCAGCCUUCGAUUCCUACCAAUCCCAAUCACAGCCUCUUCCCUGUCCUCCAUCCGUCAAUUCGCAGCAUCUCCAACCCCGCUCAAAUCUGAUGUCCUCUUCCUCUUCCUCCUCCGCCUCCGUCCUUGGCUGGGACUCCUCUUCGGCGUCGGAGUCGCCCUCCGCUCCCGCCACAGCGCAGGACUUCCUCACCGGCUUCAAUCCCGACUCCAAUCACCCCUACUACAACGAGCGAUACAGCGAGUUCAGCAUGGUCAAGUCGCAGUACUACGAAAGCAAUCCCAUGCCCUCGGGGCAUGGGGAGCAGGAGAUCUUCUCGCCGUGUCAGUCAGUCAGCUCCUCGUCCAGUAUAACUGAUGACGAAAAUAUGCAGGACCCGCAGCAAUUUGAUCAGCAUGACAUGCAGGGACAGCUGCAAAUGCCUCCGCCACAAAUGGUAAAGGCUGAAAAAUUUUUGUCUUUUGGCGGGAAAUUUAAAAUUCAAAAAAAAUUUUUUUUUGAAUUCUGAAGUUGCCAGAUUUUGUAAAAAAUUGGCCAAAGGUAAAAAAUAAGCCAUAUCUGACAUUUUGAGCUCUCAAAAAAACAUUUUUUUCCGCGGUCUCUCAUCAUUUUCCAUGAUGUCUCGGCUCCAAAAAUUCUUGAUUAUAAUAGCUGUUAUUGCGAAGCAAGAGCUAAGAUUUUAAUGAAUAAUUUUAUGACCUACAAAGGAUAUAUGGGCCAAGUUCGACGAAAUUUUAAGCAUUUUGCCUCGAGAAUUUAAAAAAAUUCAAGAUUUGAAAAAAUAGAAAAUUUUUGAAGAUAGGACAAAAACCAAAUUUAUUUUGAUCUUUUGAUAGAUACUUCACCGAAUUACUGUCCAAUUUUUGUCAUCAUCUUCAAAAAUAAAAAAAAUAAUUUUUUUCAAAAAAAAUUUAAAAAACUUAAAAAUUUAAAAAAAAAAUACCAAUUUUAGAUGGUUUGCCAACAGCAAUGCUCCCAGCCCUUCUACCCGCAAUACGUCCAUCAACAGAGCUCGCAUUUCCAGCAACAGAAGCCCAACUAUGUUCACCAACAGCAAAUGCCCAUCCCAGUGCAGCCGGACUUCCACUGUCGGCCCGGGAUGAGCCAGAUGAACAAUGGCGGUCGCACCGUGCAUUUGUGGCACUUCAUCAAGGAAUUGCUGGAGAAUCCGAAGGAAUACAGCGGGUGUGUGCGAUGGGUCGACAGAGAGGAUGGUAAGAAUCGUUUUGAGAAGAAAAAUAUACAGUGGAGGACCUGAUCCAGUGGCAAAAAACGUACCAUUUUGCAUCCGGGAAGCAUCAAAAAUGUGGCAAAAUGCUUCCCUCUCCAAGUGAAAAUACUCCGGUUUCAAAAAGGGGAAAGGGCGCGCCCUUCAAAACAAAGUUUUUUCACUUGAAGAGGGAAGCAUUUUGCCACAUUUUUAAUGCUUCCCGGAUGCAAAAUGGUACGUUUUUUGCCACUGGAUCGGGUCCGUCACUGUAUAUGAAAUUUUUUUAUUUUUUUUUCAAAAUUUUUUUGUUUAUUUCAAUUUUUUUUUGUAACUUUCAAUGAGACAGAUAAGAAAUUUAAAAUUUCAAAAAAUACCACCAAUUUUUUAUCACCUACAAAUUUUUAAAAACUCAAAAAAAAAACAAUUUUUUCAUAAAAAAAGUUAACCUAAAAUUUUUCAGGCACCUUCAAGAUCGAAUCCUCCCUUCAGUUGGCGCGGUAUUGGGGAAUUCGGAAGAACCGAAGCCAAAUGAACUACGACAAAUUGAGCCGCUCACUCCGCCAGUACUACAAGAAGGGGAUAAUCCAGAAGCCGGAGAAGAAACAGCGACUGGUUUACAAGUUUUUGCCCCCCUACAAUCAUCCACAAGUCAACUAA